GGCUCGGGUGGGAGUAACCUAUCGCACCCUGCCUAGCAAGAGUGAGAAAUCAAAGUACUCCGCUAGGGUUCUGCGAAAAGACGAAGAUAACGAAACCUUUCGCGGCUCCUUCAGCACCAAGGACAGCAACACGCCUUCCUUUCGCAGGACACUUCGAAAUGGUGAUCAAAUUCGGCUCCUACUCGGUGACGCUUCUCGCGCUCUUCAACUUCCUCUGCUCCCGGGGAUCGGCCUUUCCGGCACUGGGCGGCUACUCCGACCUAAGGCUGAGAGAUGCCAUCGGGCUUGAUGGAGAGAGUAUAGAGGAGCGAUCGCCGUUACCAUCGGACACCGGCAGUGACAUUUCUGAUAGUGACAAACUCUUCUACCACUUUUCUGCAAACCUCCCGAGAGCAACGCGACACUCUGAUGGCCUUUUCACCAGUGAGCUCAGCAAAAUUCUCAGCAGGGAAGCCGCCAGAAGAUACCUGGCAAGGCUAAAAGGGAAAAGAACCCGCCUAGGAGCACCCAAACGUGAGGUCGAUGACAUCUUCGGUGACAAUUACAGCCGUAUCCAGAAGGACCUAGCGGUGAAGAAGUAUAUCGACAACUUAUUGAACAGCAAGAGAAGCCUGGAAGAUCUGAACUUAGACAACCUCUUGGACACCUUGCCAGUUGGUGAGAACUAGACAGUGCAGACCUUUUGAAUCACUCUCCACUUUCGAACCCCCGCAGACUGUCCUAGUUACCUCCUGAACUGAAAAACUACGCACUGCCUUUUUCGACGAUUAAUCUCAUGAAGACGCCGAUCUGUUUCAAACUCCAAACCAACAUGUUGUACAGUGAAUGUUCUGGUGACCAAUUUAGUUCUUCAUAAAUGAGAGUCACUGUUUACACACUGUAAAUAACAUCCUUUUGCUUUUGUCAAAUUCUGUGUAUAGUUUGUAUAUAUCUCUGUCUAUUAGCUCUGGACUGAGAUACCCUCUGUAAUGUCACACAUUGCUGUUAUCCUUGUACUAAUAAACGU